CACAGAGAGAGAGAGGAAGAGGAAGAGAGAGAGAGAGAGAGGGAGAGGGAUCGAUAUCCAUGUGAUUCACCCUUCAUCAUGAGGCUGAUCAGAGAAGGCGAGGCGCUGGUGGGCAUCGCCGGGGCUCCGGCGGCGACCGGCCUCGGCCACGGCGUGCACCCGGGGCUGUGGAGGACGCCGAUGCCGUACCUCUUCCUCGGCUUCGCGCUCAUGAUGGGGCUCAUCGUGGUGGCGCUGCUCGUGCUCGUCUGCACGCGCCGCAAGCUGUCAGGAUCAUCGCGGCGGGGGAGCACCGCCGAGGACGCGUCGGCCCGCAGGAUGGUGCCGCUCGACAGGGAGCCCAAGGUCGUCGUCAUCAUGGCUGGCGACGACAUGCCGUCCUUCCUCGCCAGCGCCAGGCCGUUCGCGUUCCCUGACGCCGUCGAGCCGCCACGCCAGGCAGACGCGGUCUAAGCGCGCGCGCCGCGCCUGUGUGCCCUGCAGGACGCGGGACCAAUUUUGUUCAUCGAUCAAAUUUCUAGGAUUUACCCUAAGUAAUUUUGUCGAUAGUAGGCGGCGUUGAGAUCUGUGAAAGCGAAUGAAGUUUCGGCUUUGCAUUGCUUGCUUUUGCCUGCUCUCCGAUUCGAUUUUUCACUCACAAAUUUCCACGCUUCUCGUUUGGGUGGGUGGUAUUAACUACUCCCCGGUCGUCGUCAUGGUUUUUUUUAGAAAAGGAGGAUG